AUUUAGGUGUCUUCAGUCUUCACUCUUGCCGAGUGUCUCCGGAACCUCUAAAGAUGGUGACUCGCUUACGACGACUCGUUUCGAAAUCUUCUCGUUACGCCACCGUGAAGCUGGCAAAGUCUGCCUCGUUAUGCUCAUGUCGCCGUCUCUUCUCUACAUCCUCCGAUACGACUCAUCCAGAACCCUACUCUCAAUCCGACCAAUCCCUGCCUCUGAAUCCCGUCACCGGAGAAGGAGAUCGACACGAAAAGCUCCGGGAUCUCCGAGUACUUCUCCAGCAGAACCGAAUCGAGCCGGCGCGCGGGGCUCUCACGUCGCUCGUCCGAUCAGGCUCUUCCCCUUUCACGUCGCCGAGAGAGCUCUUCUCCGCCUUCUCGCUCUCAUCAUCUCCGUCGCUGAAGAACGACUUCUCCUACUUGCUCUUCUCCGUGCUAACGGAAUCGAACAUGAUCCCCGAAGCCGCCGACUUGUUCUUCGCCUUGAGGAGCGAAGGUAUCACCCCCGGCUCCGAUUCGUUAACGCUUUUCUUCGAUCAUCUCGGGAAGGCGAAGCAGUUCAGAGUGACGAUCAACGUGUUUCUGAAUCUCCUCGAAUCCGAUUAUCGUCCGAGCAAGUUCAUGUUCGGGAAAGCAGUUUACGCCGCCGUGAAAUUGAGCGAUUUAGGCAAAGGUUUAGAGCUUUUCAACCGCUUGAAGCGAGAUAGAAUCUCCCCCACUGUGUUUGUUUAUAACGUUCUUAUCGAUGGGCUGUGUAAAUCGGGGAGGGUGAGUGAUGCAGAGAACCUGUUCGACGAAAUGCUCCAGAGAAGAUUGGUCCCUACUUUGAUAACGUAUAACACUUUGAUCGACGGGUAUUGCAAAAGUGGGAGUCUUGAGAAGACUUUCAAGGUGAGAGACCGAAUGAGAAGGGGUGGUGUUGAUCCGAAUCUUGUUACGUUCAAUACGUUGCUAAAAGGGAUGUUUAACGCGAGAAUGGUGGAGGAUGCUGAGAAUGUGUUGAAGGAGAUGAAAGAUCAUGGCUUUGUGCCUGAUGCGUUCACGUUGAGUAUUCUGUUUGUUGGUUAUUCGAGCAAUGAGAAAGCUGAGGCUGCUUUGGGUGUUUAUGAGGCGGCUGUUGAUUCCGGGGUGAAGAUGAAUGCUUAUACGUGUAGCAUUUUGUUGAACGCGUUGUGCAAAGAAGGGAAGAUAGAGAAGGCGGAGGAGAUUCUGGGGGUGGAAAUGGGUAAGGGGCUUGUCCCGAACGAGGUUAUUUAUAACACGAUGGUUGAUGGAUACUGUCGAAAAGGUGAUUUGGUCGGAGCUCGGAUGAAAAUCCAAAUGAUGGAGAAUCAAGGGAUGAAGCCAUCUCAUUUGGCGUACAAUUGUUUGGUUAAGAGGUUUUGUGAACUGGGGGAGAUGGAGAAUGGUGAGCAAGAGGUUAACAAGAUGAAACUAAAAGGAGUUUCUCCUAGCGUGGAGACGUAUAACAUCUUGAUCGGGGGAUACGGGAGGAAGGGUGAGUUUGAUAAGUGUUUCGACAUUCUCAAAGAAAUGGAAAACAACGGGACGAUGCCAAAUGUAGUUAGCUACGGGAAUCUGAUAAAUUGUUUGUGCAAAGGCUCCAAACUUCUUGAAGCUGAGAUUGUUAAGAGAGAUAUGGAAGACAGAGGAGUUUCACCUAACGUAAGGAUAUAUAACAUGUUGAUCGAUGGCUGUUGCUCAAAGGGGAAGAUAGAAGAUGCUUUUCGGUUUUCUCAGGAGAUGCUAACAAAGGGAAUAUAUUUGAACUUGGUGACUUAUAACACACUCAUUAAUGGGUUGUCCAUGAACGGAAAAUUAGCAGAAGCUGAAGAGUUGUUUCUCGAAAUCUCAAGAAAGGGCUUUGUACCAGAUAUAUUCACGUAUAACUCGCUGAUAUCUGGAUACGAACGUGCUGGAAACGUGCAAAAAUGUAUCGCACUGUAUGAAAUGAUGAAAGGAUCGGGAAUAAAACCCAAUUUGAAGACAUAUCAUCUUUUAAUCGGCUUGUGCAGCAAGGAGGGUGUAGAACUCACUGAGAAAAUAUUUGGAGAGAUGUCGUUGGAACCAGACUUGUUAGUUUACAACGGAGUUCUUCAUUGCUACGCCGUGCAUGGAGAAAUGGAUAAGGCUUUGAAAGUACAGAGCCAGAUGAUGGAGAAGGGAAUCGAUUUGGAUAAGACGAGUUAUAACAGCUUGAUCAUGGGACAGCUGAAAGUAGGAAAGCUCAGCGAGGCUAGAGGUUUGUUUAACGAGAUGAAAACCCGAGGACUGGAUCCUGAAGCUGAUACGUAUAACAUACUGGUGAAAGGGCAUUGUGAGAAGAAGGAUUGUAUGGGAGCUUAUGAUUGGUACAGAGAGAUGCAGGAAAAGGGUUUGCGAUUAGAUGCUUCUUUAGGUGCUGAGUUAGUAACUGGGCUUAGAGAAGAAUGGAGGUCAAAGGAGGCACAUAUUGUCAGUUCUGAGAUGAAUGGUGGCAAGCUUGAUGAUGCAACGGAGGACGAGGCUCUAUCUGCAACAGAGAAGCUGUGAAAAUCAAGAUUGUGCUCUUCAAACCAACUUCUUUGAUUUGGUAAUAUACUAAAACCAAACCAAACCAACAUCAUGAGUGACACUUUCUCUGGGACCUUAAACUUCGGAUGAGACUUAUAUUGAUUAGUUCCAACUUCCAUGUCGCCUUUAGAUUAGUACUAUCACUUUGGAUGAGAGACUCUACGUUCAACUAUGGAGUAACAUUGUAUUGCUUAAGUAAUUCUUUCCCCUGGAACAAAUUUUGGCAGAAUUUUUGAAUGUAGAACUAAAAGAGUGUGAUUGUAAAUAUAAUUUACUCUUCCGACAACGA